AUGCAGGUCAACACUAGAAAUACGCCGUCGACCCUCCCCAUUCUGGGACCCGGCCAUCGCCCUCGCCCCUCGCAGACAACAUUCGUCCGCCCGGCACAGAUGACUCUAUUCGCGCGAGUGACCUGCUACCCGCCUCUGGGGCAAGUGACAUGUCUGCAGAGGGUACAGAAGGCAUUGCGGUCCGAGAAAGAUGAUGCACUGCGCUUCACGGUUGUCAUCGAGUCCAGCAGUUCAUUCCCCGCGCAAUCCUGGGAAGCGCAAAUCUGGCACAACAUCACAGCAUCAGGAUGGGGAGCCCUGCCAUUACGCAAAUGCGAUCCAUCAUGUGCACCGUUGCUGAGCGGAAACGAGACUGAGUACAGCUACCACCGCUACGUCUUCUCGGAUGAAAUCGUGCUCCCCGCCGCAGGGGGGCAUGCGCAAUUCACCGUGCGGUUCCGAACCAGCCCCAACACUGAAUGGCAAUGGGCAAACCAGAAGCAUCCAGUCAGCGAUGGCGAGCUUGUGUUUAGUCCGCGGAACUCGGGGUUCGAUAAAGCUCCCUCGACGGAAUUCUUUACGGAAUCUUCUACGUCAAACCCUACUGAAGAACUGGGGAAGUAUAUCGACAGUCUCACGUCUGAGGUCCAAACUGAAUCAAGAGCAAGCGAGGCUCCUGGGUCUGUUCUCUGGGCUCUUUCUGGAGAUGCCGAUCCCGCCAAAGAGGGGUCCUCUGGGUUCAAGAGUCUGGCGCUCGGCACGCCGUCCUCGAUGGUGAAAUACUUCUCAUUAGUGCGCGUGUGGAGUCCCUGGCUGGGACCGAGGCAUGGCAAGGACAAGUUCCGACUGACGGAAGAUGCGCUUUUGUGCUCGUUUCUUCGAAAAGAUGGAGUGCAUCUGGUGCUGUUGGCGGUCUCGGGAGUCAACGACGUCUUGACGGUCUUUCAGUCUGGUGAGAAUGGCGAGGUCAUGAUCAAGGCGAGGAGCGAGAACACCGAAACCUCCAAAUUUCAUGUCCUGGUCGCUGCGGCUGAGGAAUUUGAAAUUGCGCUGUCUGCGCUAAUCUACGAAGCACGGAAAGUCGUGAAGCCAUUUGCUCAGACUCAGACCACAGACACUACGCUGGACGAGCCGCCUCCCGCGUCUCCUCCUGGAGAUGACAUGGUCGUCGUAGAGAAAGAUCCCAAAAUGCAGUGGCUAACCGAGUGGUUCGACGGCCUGACGUACUGCACAUGGAAUGGACUGGGGCAGGACCUGACGGAAGAUAAGAUAUUGAAUGCGCUGGGUGCAUUGAAAGACCAUGGAAUCAACAUCGUCAAUCUCACCAUUGACGACAAUUGGCAGAGCGUAGACAACGAGGGAGAAUCUCAGUUCAAGCGGCGUUGGCAGCAGUUCGAGGCAAAUCCUACGGGCUUCCCGCGAGGUUUGAAGCAGACUGUGCAAGCGAUUCGUCGAGCCCAUCCCAAUAUCGAGCAUGUCGCAGUCUGGCAUGCCCUCUUGGGGUAUUGGGGGGGCAUUGGACCCGACAGUGACCUCGCACAGCGAUACAAAACCAAGGAAGUGAAGAUCAAGGACCCUGCUGCCGGAGGUCCCAUCGCGCACGACAUCACCGAUGGCAAGAUCCUAGCCAUUGACCCGGAGGAUGUGCAACGCUUCUACGACGAGUUCUAUAGCUACCUCACCUCGGUGGGUGUAGACUCGGUCAAGACAGACGCGCAGUGUUUCAUUGACCUUCUUGAAGACCCUGAGGACCGCAAGAGGUUCAUGACCUCUUACCAAGAUGCAUGGUCCAUCUCAUCACUCAAGCAUUUCAGCACUCGGGCGAUCUCCUGCAUGUCGCUGAUCCCUCAGAUCAUCUUCCACUCGCAAAUACCCACCAACAAGCCAACGCUUCCACUCCGAAAUUCGGACGACUUCUUCCCCGAAAUCCCGGCGUCCCACCCGUGGCAUGUUUUCUGCAAUGCCCACAAUGCCCUACUCACCCGCUUUCUAAAUGUGCUGCCCGACUGGGAUAUGUUCCAGACCAGCCACCCGUACGCAUCCUUCCACGCUGCCGCCCGGUGCGUGUCGGGAGGGCCGGUGUAUAUCACCGACGAGCCAGGGAAACACGACCUAAAGAUCCUGAACGAGAUGACAGCCCCGACAGUGCGUGGCAGCACAGUGAUCCUGAGGCCCAGUGUCAUCGGCCGCACCAUUGACGUAUAUCACGACUACAACGAGGGUCAUGUAGUUCGCGUGGGCAGCUACACGGGCUGGGCCAAGACGGGCAGCGGAAUCCUGGGGCUGUUCAACAUCCACUCCGGCGAAGCUUCAUGCAUGGUCUCGCUAAUAGAUUUCCCUGGCAUAUACGAGAGUUCUGAUGGACAGUAUGUCGUACGCGCGCACACCACAGGCAAGAUCAGUGGACGUAUGCGGCCGCUCGCCCAGGACUCGCUCGUCUCGGUGGUUCUACCACAAAAGGGAUGGGAGAUUCUCACUGCGUACCCGACCCGGUCAUUCACUCUCAAGGGUAGUCACGGGUGCAAUCCGUCCGGGGACAGCUUGACCCAUGUCGCUGUCCUGGGUCUUCUUGGAAAGAUGACCGGCGCGGCGGCCUUGGUGACUUCAGAGAUCUUUGUUGUGGAGAACGGCCGCUUGCGCUUUGAUAUUAGUUUGAAGGCGCUUGGUACCCUGGGCAUUUACUUCUCGGAUCUGCAGGAUCGCAGCAUUGCGCACAACUUCAUGGUCAUGAUCCUCGGGCAGCCGGUGCCGCGCAAGACGGUUUGGAAGGAGGGUGGUGACAAUGGCAAUGUGUUGGCUAUUGAUGUUCUGUCGGCUUGGAAGGCCAUGAAACUGGACAGUGGUUGGAGCAACGAGGUGUUUGUCCAGGUUUAUGUGGGUUAA